AUGCCAGUCACUUCAAUCGACCAAAGUGGAGACAUCUGCGAGGUGACGACAGAGCCCGGAAACGUCUUCCGCGGGUUGAAAGUCAUUGUUUCGGUUCCAACAAGCCUGUACAGCUCAAUUACCUUCAACCCCCCGCUACCCAAGAACAAAGCAGCACUGAGUGAUUAUGCUGUUAUGGGAUACUACAGCAAAAUGAUAUUCGUUUUCGAGGAGCCGUGGUGGCAGAAUGCUGGAUCUUCAGGUGUCAUGGAAUGUGAAAUAGGCCCUGUCACCUUCACAAGAGAUACAAGUGUGCCAAUAGAUGAUCAAUGGUCCAUAACCUGUUUCAUAGUUGGCGAACGCGGGAGACAAUGGUCAAAACUGUCCAAAGCUGCGCGCCGUGAGCAAGUGUGGGAGCAGUUCAGUCAGGCAUUUAGCAAAUUUGUUAGCCAGAUCCCUGAGCCGACGAAUAUUUUGGAGAUGGAGUGGGCCAAACAGGCUUUCUUCCUUGGGGCUCCUUGUCCAGUCAUGACACCGGGAACAUUGACCGCCGUGGGAACUGAUUUAGCCACACCGUUCAACAACAUUCAUUUUGUUGGUACCGAGACAUCUCAUGUGUGGCGAGGGUACAUGGAGGGUGCUGUGCGUUCCGGCCAGCGGGGAGGUGCAGAGGUUGUGGAAGCCUUAUCCAGGAGACCGAUAAAUAAGUGA